UAGAGUGGUCAAGAAUGAUGCAAGGCAAGCCCCCUGAAAAUUGACGAACUGCUUACCGAUCUAUCCCUUGUUACUCCUGUUAGGUUGGUUAGCAAAAAGAGGUGAAGAUGCUAGACGCCGAUGGGAUCGAGAGGGGCCCGGCCGCUACGCCAGAAGAUUUUGUCAAGGCACUCGAGAAAAGGGAGUUGGCACGGCUACAAGUGCCAAAAAUCGACAUCAUCCAUUUUGAAGGGGAGAGGGUGUCGAAAUGGCUGGAGCUCCUGGAACAGGUUACAACCGAGGUGCCUGAGGUAGAUAAGUUUAAGUUCCUACCUCGAUAUAUCUGGUGGGAAACCCGGCCCGAAGUAAUGAAGGUGGCUGUUGGAGCAGGGGGAGACUGGGCAAAGUUCAAGGCUGAGAUGCAAAGGCGAUUCAAGUUAAGGGAUGACUUGCUGACUAAGACAGAUUUGGAAAUGCUACAGCGGGAUGAAUUCUCCACAGUAGGGGCCUUCGCCACAACAUUCGAGAAGAUGGCAAAGAAAGUCGCAGGGUUGGCGGAAGAGGAACAGUGUGCCACUUUCCUGGGGCACUUUAAGAAUUGGGAGGCCUCGUCGUUGACCAAGAAGGCUGCGCCAGGAAAGAAACUGACUUGGGCCGCCAUAAAGGAAGGCGCGAUGGAAGGAGAGCUGGACCAAGUAGACAUUUUUCAGAUGAGGCAAGCCAGGAAGAAGAGGAAGGUUUUGGAUGUCACCACGAGUGAUGGACACGAUUUCAAGAAACUGGUAGAGGAUGCGGUGGCCCAGCUCGACGCAGAGAAGGAGGCGAAAAGAAAAACUAUGGCGGCGCCGCAGACCCAAGAGAAGGCCAAAAAGGCAGUGGUGCAGGAGGAAGAGGAGGAAGAAGAGGAAGAGGAGCCUGAGCCUCAAAAACCACCCUCCAGAACGGGGAGGGUGCCACACGCUGUCAGGACAAGGGCCAAAGGGUCAGUGAGUCCCGAAGAACCAGCCAAGGAUGUUCCUGAACCAAGUGGAGAGAAGGAAGUUGUGGAUGUUCCAGAGGAAGAGGAUGACGAAGACGAUGGGCUGAGGAAAGAAGAGGAUGAGAAGGCCGAGAAUAGGGCCAAGAAGAGAGGUGCCAAGCCUGAUACAGACAAGGCACAACAAGUAAAGAAGAAGAAGUACGUUGUCAGAGUAGAAGAAGGGUUCGAUGUAGAGGAAAUAAUGGACAGAAUCCUUGAGGGUCAUAAUCACCUUAUGACCCUGAAGGACGUACUAGCCUCAGCGCCAAGGCUCAGGGACGAGCUGAGAGCGCGACUAUCCAGGAAGAUGGUGGCCAGUGUGCGACUAGGGACUAUAAUCCCCAAAGAGGCUGAGUGGGCUGAGGCAGGCACGAAAAUGGACUGGAAGUCGGUGGCUUGCGGUUGCCUUGAUGUGGUGGUGAAAGGGAAGACAUGCACAACGAUGAUAGAUAGUGGCGGAGAUGAACCUCAUAAAAGAGGAACACGCCGUACGGCUGGGAAUGGAGGUAGAUCGCUUCGACAACGGGGUUCUGAUGGGAGCGAACAGUCGGUCGAUCUUCAUAGGGACCGCAUCGUCUGUGAUUCUAGAGAUUGGAAAGCGGACGAGGAAAAGGUAGUCAACUAUCUCGAUGGGAAGAUCCGCAUUCAUGUGGCGGACUACUCGAGUGGACCAUAUGCAUCCCCCUGGUUUUGCUUUGUCAAACCCAAUGGGACUUUGAGGCCUAUGACGGCUAUGCAUACCCCACGAGGGCUGAUCCACAUGAACAUUGCGCCGCAGGGGUGGACGAAUGCGGUCGCCAUGGUACAACGGCACAUGGUGAGGGCGAUGCAGCCCAUAAGUCCUCACAUCACGCAACCCUACAUUGACGAUCUCGCCGUGAAAGGGCCCAAAGAGAAGGAUGAGCAGGAGGUGAUGCCAGGGAUUAGGCGCUUCGUCUGGGACCAUGUGCAGGACUUGUGCAAAGUCCUAGACUUGUUGAAGGAGCAUAACCUCACUGCUAGUGGGUCAAAGUCGAGGCAGUGCAUGAGCGGAGCCACUAUCUUAGGGUUUGUGUGCGACGAGAGGGUUCGUCGGCCGGAUACUAAGGAGACGAACAAGAUUCUCAAAUGGCCAACAUUGUUCCAGACUAUCACGGAGGUGAGGAGCUUCCUGGGAACGUGUGGGUUUUGGAAAAUCUUCAUAAAGGGGUUUGCGGCUAAGACAGAGCAGCUGCGGAAGCUCGUGCGUCAAGGACAAGAUUGGGAAUGGGGAGACCAGCAAGAGUCUGUGAUAAAAGAUUUGAAGAAAGAGUUUAAGGAAGGAGGUCUAGUACAAGGGGUACGAGAUCAUGCGGCGGUUAUGACCAGGCCUUUCAUCGUAGAGACAGACGCAGGGCCAACUGCUCUAGGAGUACUGAUUCAGCGAGGCCCCAACGGCGAAGAACGGCCACUAAGAUUCGAGAGUCGGACACUCAAUACAUCUGAGAGGAACUACUCUCAGUUCAAGCGUGAAACUUUGGCAGUUUUUCACUAUGUUUGCAAAGGAGUUUGAUUUAUGCCUAUUUGGGAAAGGGGAAAGGAUUGUCUUCUUUUUAUUCCUCACCUACCUGCAUGUCAAGGAAGUUGUGUUUGUUUUGAAAAAUGUUAAUUUAGUAUGCAUCGUAAAAUGAAUUUGAUUGAAAGAA